CUACAUCGCUACUUUAUUAUCAAUUGUGCGGCAUUCGUCCGCAUAACAGCACUAACUUCGUGAAUAAUGGUGACUGGUGGUCAUAUUUCGGGUUACGUGUUUGUGCUUUUCCUCGGAUACGGUUUUGUUUGGUGCGGAAUUACUGAACAAGUCGAAAUACAGGAGGCUAUAAAUAAAUUUGCCAACGUUGGGUCGCAAGAACAUCAUUUGAAUGCAGCCCCCGAAAACGUGGAAAUUUCAACAAUCGCGACAAAUAACCACUUCGUACCUUCACAAAGGCUAGAAUAUCCUUCAGUUUAUAAUAAUGUUGGGUUUUCAACUUCAGACCAAAGCAAUGUGCAUGAGGCCAAUCCACUUAAUGCGCAAUGGGCAAACAACCCUUUACAUGUUCAAUUCCAAGGACAGCAGACCGAAUCUCCAUUUACAGUGAUUGAAUCGAUGGGGUCUUUCAUUCCAUCGCCUGAAGUUCGGAACGCAGGGGGUGUAAAUAAUCAUGGCGGCCAACCUUACUACGAUAACAGCCAGUAUAGUGAACUAAUUCACACAAACCCCUUUUUAUCUCCAGAAUACUUUGCUCCAAUUGACUUUACCGUACCGUUUAAUAAUCCGCCGCCUAUCCAAGCAAAUGCACCUAGUGGAAUCAAGUCGGGUACCGAGCAUAACAUUGUGAAGUCUAUCGAUUUGACGCAAGCUACUCCACAACCAAUACAUGCAGAAUCAGCUCCCGUCCAGCAAUACGCGAACCCCAUUAACAAUUUUGACGUAACGUUUCCAUCCAGCGCGAGUUUCUACCCGAAACCCAACGACUGGCCGGUCUCAACGCCUUCUACGCAAUUUACACAUAGCAACUCUUACUCCACAAUUUUCAAAAACACUCCCCCUACAUUUUCAGAAUCCGAAAGCGGUCUUCAGAAUCAGGCGUCUGUUUUACCUGCACCGUACGCGUUUACCUGCACCGUACGCGUCAACGCCGGCAACGCACACUUCGCAACUAACAAACACUAA